UAUGAUUUUCAAUGGCAAAGUUGCAUCUCAUGUUUAUGAGGUCAAAAAGCAAGAACAGAAAUAAGAAAACUAGAAAAUACACAAUAAAUUGUCAUUAUUAAGAGAGAAAACAUUGGCUGACUUUGGAAUUUCCAUUAAGUAUUGUCUAGAUUGUGCAACAAGAGAGUACAUCUAGAGUAAAUUAUCCUCGAAGGUUAACACUUGUACUCGAAGUUCUUAGACUAUUUAGCAAGAUACUUUUGAGACACUGAUAAUAGAAGAUGUCGAUUCUACUUAUUUACCUUCAAGACCAUAGGCUAAAUUACUUUAAGGAACAUUUUUUUAAUAGUCUCCGUUUUAGAAUGCCAUCGAAGCACUAAAAUUAAUUUAAUUUCGAUAAACACCUCAUCAUAAAGUUAAAUAACUAGUCGCUUGUUUUAGAUGCAUUUACUCUGCAAUCAUAGACUAUUACAAUUAUUAUAAAAAACAACCGUCAAUAAUAAGCACGGAUGAAAUGAUACCUAUAUUUCAUUAUGUACUUUGCAAAUCUUCACUUUAAAAUCCAUAUACGCAUUUUGAGAUUAUGCAAAAAUACUUAGGCAAUUUAGAUGGCCUUGAAGGGUUCUACUUGGCCAUUAUGGAAGCAUCAUUCAACAUAGCUUGA